UAAAAUUGUAACUGCCACUUCAACUCGACGGGAAUCUUAUUUUUCCACGAACCCAUCAUUGUCAGCAAUGUUAGCGCGCCGUCAUCGACAACUUUCAGUAGAUACCUUUUUCUCCCAGCAAAUAUUGCAACCGUAAGCAACAACCAUACGCCGAAAAAGGUCACCUUCAAAGUCUCUUUCCGAGAGGAUAUCCAACGUGGGGUGUAACGCCUCGAAGUUUAUAUUCUUCGCUGGGUCUGCGCGUAUCGUCAUACGUAUUCCGUCAGUCGCACUGUUCAUACGCGGGUAACCCCUCUAAGUGAAUUGUGGUGUGGUGGUUCUCCAGUGCAAAUAUUUGAAAAAAUUAACCUCAGUUCCAAACAAACAAAACCCGACAAAAUGUCUAUCAAAACUAAGCUAAUGAAGGAGAUCGCCGAGCCGACGUCCACCUCGGGCAACAAGGUCACCAUUGUCGGUAUCGGGCAAGUCGGCAUGGCAUGUGCCUUCAGUAUUUUGACCCAGAGCGUGUCCAGUGAAGUGGCUUUGAUUGAUGUCAAUGCUGAAAAACUGCAGGGUGAAAUGUUGGAUCUGCAGCAUGGCUCUGCGUUCAUGAAAAACGCUCAGAUUCAAGCUAGCACAGAUUUCGCAGUCUCAGCCGGUUCCCGUCUGAUCAUAGUCACAGCUGGUGCCCGCCAGAAGGAAGGCGAGAGUCGCCUCAAUCUAGUUCAACGUAACUGUGACAUCCUGAAGGGUGUUAUCCCAAAACUGGUUGAGCUCAGUCCCGAUUGCAUUCUGCUGGUGGUUUCAAACCCUGUCGACAUCCUAACGUACGUCGCCUGGAAACUGUCUGGUCUGCCGAAGAACCGCGUUAUCGGCUCCGGUACCAAUCUCGACUCUUCCCGUUUCCGGUUCUUGAUGUCGCAACGUUUGGGAGUUGCGCCAACUUCCUGUCAUGGUUGGAUUAUCGGUGAGCACGGUGAUAGCUCUGUUCCUGUUUGGUCCGGUGUAAAUAUUGCCGGAGUUAGAUUAGCUGAAAUUAAUCCAGCUAUUGGUACACCUGAAGAUGAAGAAAAAUGGGGUGAUCUACAUCAUGAAGUUGUGAACAGCGCUUACGAAAUCAUUAAACUAAAAGGCUACACAUCCUGGGCUAUCGGUCUCAGUGUUGCCUCACUGGCAUCUGCUCUGUUGAGAAACACUUACAACGUACACGCUGUGUCUACUCUGGUCACUGGCGAACACGGAAUUUCUCAAGAAGUAUACUUAUCGCUACCAUGCGUACUAGGCAGAAAUGGCGUCUCACAUGUCGUCAAACAAAUUCUGACUGAAGAAGAAACUAAUAAGCUGCAGAAAUCGGCUACUAUUAUGGCUGAGGUUCAGGCCGGCAUUAAAUUUUAAAUCCUGCACGUAGACAAGUAAUAAAUUAUUAUAUUUAUCAAUAGAAAAAAACAAUGAAAAAUUGAAUCAUGAAAACUCAGAAGUAAGAAUGACUUCACUCUCAAACUUGCACACUACUUUUGAGAACGUACACACUUUAAAGCAAGCACCUUAUGUAGACUAUGAUAGAUAAUAUGAAAAGUAGCUAAAGCUAGGAUGCUAUGCCUCCCAAAAGCAUCCCUAAUUCUUAUCUAAGGAAAAAUUGAAAAUUGCCAGAUCAAAACACAGUCUACCUCGAAGGCAUUUAAAAACAAUUCGGCUUUUAACAAUUGGAUGGUUAUUUUCCAAUUAGGCUUUAAAAUAGGAAGGAAAAGCCGAUAGAACAUUUUGAUGUUAGCUCGCUUGAUUUGGUCAGUAACUACCAGUGAUUUGUUAGGAAGAACAAAGUCUCGCCCAAAAUGUAUGAACCUGAAGGUUCAUUUGAAGGCAAAAUGGUGAUGAUGAUGGUCCCACCUCAUACCCCUACAUCGGUUUGAGCUGGUCGAUUUAUCUAAGAAAGAUAUUAUUUAACGACAUACAAUGUAACCAGUAGGCAAACAAAUAACGGACUGGUUAUUAAUACAGACAUAGUAACCCUUCAGAAGAAUACCAAUAAUUUGAAAAAUUAAAAAAAAUCGAUUUUCCAAUAACAUCAUUGAUCCAAGGCUCAUCCAAAACGUUUCCAACCCGAAAAUUAUCUGGAUUUGGUUAGGAAUCGAACCUAACAUUUAGGAACUUUAACUAAUCAGUAUUGGUUCUGGAUAACGAUCCAAAACUACGAGAGAGAUCCUAUGAUACUAUAGUUAUCGAUAACGAGCUAUACAGUCCACAGGCAAACCCAAGCCUUUUCAGUUUUUUCUCCCAACCCUUUGUUCUAAAUCGUGAAAACAGAUAAAUAUUAAAAAUCUUAAUGAAAAUAUAUAUAAUAUUACAAACCAAAAAAGCAACUUAUCAACCCGAUAUGCCUUUUGUUUCAAUUUCAGGGGUUUAACCCUGAUGUACUCAGUAUCCAGAUUGUCUAUGUCAGUCUACGCGCGCAUGGCUCAAACAUGUGUAGUCAACUCAUUUUUUUCACUCUACUAUUUAAUAUUAUUAGCUAUAUUCAAACAAAAAUCCAUCAUCAUCAAUGAACAUAAUAACUCAGUGUACCAGAUAAAUUUGAAAAAAAAAAAUAUACUUAAAUAUUACAAUCUUCUUUAUUAAUCAACAAAAAAUUCGUUGAAAUCUGUCUACAAAACAGAUUUUAUGUGUGAAAUACAAAGCCUUUUAAACUCCGCCAUUGUUGCUGCACGUUUCACUUGUCUGGGCAUCGAAUUGAAAAAGUUAAUUCCUUUAUACAACAGAGAGUUCUGUGAUCUACUAAAUAAAAAGUGUGGUGUUCUAGCGUCUUCCGCGUUUCUAGUGUUGUACCUAUGAAAAUCACUUCCCCUAUCAAUUCGAUCACACAAAUAUCGAGGCAGCAUAUUAUUAAAAAUUUUAUAAAGGAACACCAUUGUCAAAAAAUAUACUCGUUGCUUCACAGAAAGCCAAUGCAACGCGUCCAGCAUGAAACUCGAGGAAGUGUAUCUAUUACAUCU